UCGAAGAGUGAGAUGUUCACAAAUCCGAAGAGUGAAAAGUGGAAUUUUUCCGGCUGGGGGGUAGACGUAGUUAAUUCGAACAGCAAUCACCGUGUUACUGCGCUGCGCAUUUACUCAUGAGCCAGCCUGAAGAUUCUGCGGAAGUGUUUAAAGUGGCGAGAACGUGUCCCCAGGGCGAAGCAAAGUGACAAAAAGAGAACGGCCGAGUAGCAGUACUGAUCAGUGUGGAAUUUUACACGGCAAAUGGACUCGUAAUGUUGCAGAUUGUUCAGCAAUUUAUAGACCCGUUUUAGCUGCUGGUCAUGAGGAGAUCCUUAAUGUUGACCCGUUAUAUUAGAGUAUCAAGAUGAUAAACAUGAGUGUGCUGUUCAGGUACCUGAAUAGUUUAUGCAGCGACAAAGAGUAUGAAUAUAAGAACACCUGUUGCCCAAAAUGUAUGCCAGGUUUGUAUGUUCAAGAGCACUGCACGCAGGAUGCUGGAACAAGUUGUCACCCCUGUGAUAAUGGUACCUAUCAAGACAAUUUAAAUGGGGACGAGGAGUGCUUUAAAUGCACCAUUUGUGAAGAAGGAACGUACGAAACCAAGGCGUGUUCUUCUACCCAGGACACAGUAUGCGACUGCACAGAAGGGUUCCACUGCACCGACAUCACCACAGAUGGUUGUAGGAAAUGUUUGAAACACAGGAGCUGCCCACUGGGACAGAAGGUGAUAAGGGAAGGAGCUUACAGGAGAGACACAGAGUGCGGUCCAUGUGCAAAUGGCAGCUGUUUAUCUGAAGAACCGUCUGAAAAAGGGACAAAAUGCACUCCAAGUACAACAAACUCGGAGUCUAAUCAAGCCAUUGUGAUAUUAUCAGUCAUUGUGGCUUUACUAGUUUUACUCUGCAUAUUCCUCUUGUGGAAAAACAUUUCAAAAUAUUUUGACUUGGCUCUUGGAUUCUUGUCAAAGCAGAAGACUGAUAAUAUAGGCAAUCCCAAUCUAACUCUCCAAAAAUCAGUGCAAGAGCAGGAACAGGAUACUAAGAACAUGGAGUGCGUCACUUUUUCAGUGGAGGAAUCAAGAGAUUUCAGCACAUCGGUCUCUGACUCGGUACACAGCAAACUGUGGGACAGCGGUACACUGAAAAAGAAGAAUAUUGAGAACUCAGAACUGAAGAUGGCUCACAGCAAGAUGAAACCAGAAGUUCAAGGGGUUACAGUCAGGUCAACUAGCUCUGUGGAACCUUUUGGGAAUAAUAUUUAUUGAAGAGAUAUUCUGCAAGAUCAUCGAAACCUCCAUCUCUGUUCAAACAAUUGGUUUUACUAAUUUAAUUGAUAUCAAAAUC